AUGGCGACACACAGCUCUCAAGACACCUUCGGCACCGCUUCAACGCCCCUUCUGCUCUAUCCACGCACGCGCCGCGCUGAGGACUUCCGGCGCGCCUGCGCAAGCACCUACUUCGGCCUCACCUUGCUCUUCGUGCUGCUGCCCUCCCUGGUUGUGCAGCUGCUCAGCUUCCGCUGGUUUGUCUACGACUACUCGGAGCCCGCGGGGACCCCAGGACCCGCCGUCAGCACCAAGGACAGCGACAUCGGCGGAGCCGCCAUCAGCACCAAGGACAGCGCUAUCGCCUUCAGGACCAAAGAAGGCAGCCAGGAGCUGAUCCCCCGGCCCGCGCCGUCCUCAGCCAGCGCCUACCGCCGUCGCUGCUGCCGCCUCUGCGUCUGGCUACUGCAGACCCUCGUUCACCUCCUGCAGCUCGGCCAGGUCUGGAGGUACCUGCGCGCCCUGUAUUUGGGGCUACAGAGCCGCUGGCGCGGGGAACGGCUGCGGCGCCACUUCUACUGGAGGAUGCUGUUUGAGAGCGCGGAUGUGAGCAUGCUGCGUCUGCUGGAGACCUUCCUGCGCAGCGCACCGCAGCUGGUGCUGCAGCUCAGCCUGCUGGUCCACCGUGGCCUGGAGCCAGACCUGCUGACUGCCCUCUCCAUCUCCGCCUCCCUUGUGUCCCUGGCCUGGACACUGGCAUCCUACCAGAAGGUGCUGAGAGACUCAAGAGAUGACAAGCGGCCCCUGUCCUACAAGGGUGCUGUAGCCCAAGUGCUGUGGCACCUGUUCACCAUUGCAGCCCGAACCCUGGCUUUUGCCCUCUUUGCCAGCGUCUACAAGCUCUACUUUGGCAUUUUCAUUGUUGCCCACUGGUGCAUCAUGACCUUCUGGGUUAUCCAGGGUGAGACAGACUUCUGCAUGUCCAAGUGGGAAGAGAUCAUCUACAAUAUGGUGGUGGGUAUCAUUUACAUCUUUUGCUGGUUCAACGUCAAGGACGGCCGCAGCCGCCACCGUGUCACCCUCUACUACUGUAUCGUACUGCUAGAGAACGCAGCGCUCACUGGCUUCUGGUACUCCAGCCGAAACUUCUCCACCGACUUCUACUCACUCAUCCUGGUCUGUGUGGUGGCCUCCAGCUUUGCACUGGGCAUAUUCUUUAUGUGUGUCUAUUACUGUCUCCUGCACCCCAAUGGGCCCAUGCUGGGGCCCCAGGCACCUGGCUGCAUCUUCCCCGAAGCCCCGGGGCCCUGUGCUCCUCCAGCUGAUGCCAUCACAAGUCCACCAAGAUCUCUGCCAAGGACUACAGGCACUGAGCGGGAUGGGGCCUCAGUGGGAGGAGAGCGAGCUGGGACCCCUACGCCACCUGUCUUCCAGGUGCGACCUGGUUUGCCUCCCACGCCAGUGGCUCGCCCCUUGCGGACAGAGGGGCCCGUCAUUCGGAUUGACUUGCCUCGAAAAAAGUACCCAGCAUGGGAUGCUCAUUUUAUUGACCGCCGGCUCCGGAAGACCAUUCUGGCUUUGGAGUAUUCUUCACCUGCCACACCCAGGUUGCAAUACCGGAGCAUAGGCGCCUCCCAGGAGCUGCUGGAGUAUGAGACCACAGUGUAG